UGACAGUACUAGUAGUCUACUGUGUAUAAACUCGACGAAAAUAACUGGACCGAUAUCCGAAAGACAGCUAGCAGCUAGGCCGGCUCGAGCUUUCAUCGGUGGGUUACUGAGUUACUUGAAGAAAUCUAUGAACGGAUCGAGAUCCACCACUCACAAUGCUACGGCUUUUGCAGGGUGGCCGACGCGUGCCAGAACUGACGAGACAAUGUCAAUGGCAGAGGACCAUAGCCACUCGGUUCGAUCGUGAAGAACCGGUCGAGCUGAAAAUGUUUCGCGAAUCUGUUCGUCGUUUCACUGAAAAAGAAAUCACGCCCUAUGCCAACGCCUGGGAAGAGGCUGGUGAAUACCCGGUCUCACUUCAGACGAAAGCCGCUGAGAUUGGUCUGUACGGUAUCGGCUUGCCAGACGAAUACGGUGGCAUUGGUGAUUCGGAUGCUAGAUGGCAAGUUGCACUGCUGGAAGAGCUGUGCCGUGCUGGAUCUCUGGGUCUGAUUGAGAGUCUGCUAAUCCACACCAUAGCUGUGCCUCCGCUGCUUGCCGCAUCAGAUAGAGGAGAUGGCCAGCUGGAGGCGCUCCGAGAGCGUGUUAUUCCACCUGUGCUGCGAGGUGAGAAGCGUGCAUGUCUAGGGGUAACCGAGCCAUCUGGUGGUUCAGAUGUCGCAAAUCUGCGUACAAAAGCUCAUGUUGACGGCGAUCAUUACAUCAUCAACGGCGAAAAGACAUUCAUCACGGGUGGUACUCGAGCUGAUUUCUUAACGGUUGCGGUCAGAACGGGUGGUGAGGGCAAGAAUGGUGUGUCACUGAUAGUCGUAGACGGCGAUACGCCAGGCUUACAACGAACACGCUUGCCCACUACUGGAUGGUGGCCUUCUGAUACGUCACAUUUAACAUUUACUGAUUGCCGAGUUCCUCGCAGUAAUCUUGUUGGCGAGGAAGGUCAAGGGUUUCCAUUGAUAAUGCACAACUUCAACUUGGAACGGUUCGUUAUUGCCGUCACUGCAAUAUGCCUGGGAGAGGAGUGCCUGGAAGAAGCUGAAUCAUGGGCACGACAACGCUACACGUUUGGUCAACCAUUGCUAAGCCGUUCUGUUAUUCAACACCGCCUGGUCGACAUGCGCACUGCACUUACCUCUUGCCGUGCCUGGAUGACGCUAGUGGCUGAACAGAUGUCACAGGGACAUACGGACGUUGCCAGCAUUUGUAUGCUGAAAAACCACAGCAGUGCAACACUACGUGAUGUUGUUGAUGGUGCUGUUCAUGUUCUUGGAGGUGCGUCAUACAUUCGUGGAUGCAAAACAGAGCGUAUCUUCCGUGACAUGAAUGUGCUAGCUAUUGGCGGAGGUUCCAGUGAAAUCAUGAAGGAGUUGGCAUUUCGUCAACUUGAGAGGAACGGGAGCAUUGCUAAGUAGGUAACAGAACAAGUACAGUGGAGAGCGGAUAUAACGACCUUGAACAUAACGACAGAUUGAGUUUAGCGACACAAUUCUGUUGCCCAAGUUGUUUAGUAAGUCCUUUGUGAAGAUCGGGUUUAGUGACAGAUCGAAUAUAGUGACAUUUUGUUCUCUCCCGAAGGAGUGUCGUUAUAUCCAAUCUCCGCUGUAGUAGUGGUUUCGCCUUUCAAUACGUGCAAUACUCUACUACACUGAUUGACAAGCAGCUCUCAUUGAAAGAAAAUAAUUAUAUUAUUUAGAUGUACAUAUGGGUGAUGAUCAAAUGAGACGGAGAUAACAUUGGCACUGCUAAGGUGUUUCGUGCGUUGAUUUCUACAUGCAUCUGUCCAAUUUUGAAAGUAUAUUCAUAUUCCUAAUAGCUAUUGCGGAUUUAUUAGCCGGAUGCGUUUUCCAAACACCAUUGUAUAGCCGGUGGUAACACGAAUGAGUGAACUUUACUAUGGAAAACGUAUGAACUCACUUUGAUUUUUUCUGUAUAAGCAGUGAAUGCCUGAUCACACUGGCAUGGCACACCUUCAGCACA